AUGUCCCUUUGCAACAGGUUAGACCAGCAGUUGACUGGAAGACAAGAAGCCACUCACACAGACAUGGGUGGAGUUACCACUUGGAAAAACCUCGAGGUGUUAUAUCAAGGGAUUCUAGAAAAUGGAGACAAGAGGACAGACAAAUGGCUGCUGGUCUCUUCUCCAGUGCCCAUCGCCUGUAUAUUCCUUGGAUAUUUGAUAAUAUUAUGGUCAGGGCCAAAGCUGAUGGCAAAUAGGAGCCCAGUGAACCUCAAACCAGUGCUGCUAGUUUACAAUUUUGCCAUGGUGUUCCUCUCAUUUUACAUGAGCUAUGAGUUCACUGCCUCAGCCUGGUUGGCCAAAUACAGUCUGCUGUGCCAGCCCGUGGACUACAGUGAUAGCCCACUGGCUAUGAGAAUGGCCCGAGUGCACUGGUGGUUCUUCUUCUCCAAAGUGAUAGAGCUUUGUGAUACUAUGUUUUUCAUUUUGAGGAAAAAGAACAAUCAGCUGACCUUCCUCCAUGUAUAUCAUCAUGCCACAAUGAUUUUCAACUGUUGGGUUGGAAUUAAAUAUGUAGCCGGAGGACAAAAUUUCUUCAACGGCCUGAUGAACUCUAUGGUCCAUGUUGUGAUGUAUUUGUACUAUGGACUGGCAGCUUUGGGACCAGGCAUGACCAAAUAUUUAUGGUGGAAACGCUACCUCACCAUUUUGCAGUUGUUUCAGUUUUUCAUUGUAAUGGGCCACUGCACCUACAACCUGUUUGCUGACUGUGACUACCCAGACUUCAUCAACGCCAUGCAAGUGGCCUAUGCCUUUAGCCUGACCGCUCUGUUUUGCAACUUCUACUACCAAAGCUACUUCAGCAACAAAAAGACUGAAAAAACUUCCUAG